UAAAGGAACAAUGCUGUCUUUCUUACCUGUCGGAGGGGUGUGCAUUCCAGCCCCACUAAACUGAGUCUCAGUCCUGCCUCCGAGUGUUCAGCAGGGCCCUCGUAGCAAUGCUGCCUCUGACUCCAGGUGCUUCAAAUCACACUCAUCAUACCUUUUCCCCGUUGGAGGAUUUUGGAGGACGUUGUUUUUGUGUGGUUUUGGACCAGAGACAUCCACACAGCUUUUUUAAUUCUGGUUCAAUUCUUUGAUUUGAUCCCUUUAGGUGUAUACUUCACAAUUAGAGUGAAAAUGGCUUCAUAUUUUGGUAGGUUUGUAAACAUUUACCUACCACACUGUUGACUGACAGAAUGAUUGCCGUGGUGUGUGCCAGACUGUUGGUUUGUGGUUUCUUGUGAGGGCAAAAGGGAAAUUUUGAGGCUGGGGUGCAGGUUUGCUAUUAAGGAUACAAGAGUGCAAAGAAAAGAGAAAAAAAAAGGGGGCUGGUGUGGGUGCUUUACAGGAAGAUUGCGUUUGUCUGCACCGAGCCAUCCCAUUUAUGCUGGUGGCCGUAUGUGCAGCUGAACAGAGGUUCACAGUUAGAGAAGAGAUAGAGCAGGAGGCCUCAUGUGUCACACCUCUUGUCAUCGGUCGCGAAGGCUUUGAGUAAUUUUCUCGUAGUCACCUCUGGGACUGUGCCUCACAUAAGUUUUCUGUUCCUCAUCACCUGCUGGAGAUGAUGAAGAUGUUGCUCAGGUGUACAUGUUGCAGUGCAAGCUUCUCCUAAAUGUGCUCAACAGCCAAUUGCGUUCUCCCUUUGAGGAGGCCCUGUGAGGUUGUGGCUACUCCAGGCAGGCUGUGUGGGGGGGUAUCCAUGCCUGCUAACUGUAAUGGAGUCAGGCCUCAUGGACAUCUGCAGGACACAGAGAUGGAUAUGGCUUGGCAGGAGUUGAUGGCCAUCACUGAGCUCCAGGAGUUUGAAGCCCAAAGUGAAGGCUCAUACGAAGCUGCACAGUAUCAGUCUAUGCAGCCUGUGGCCCCUGCUGGAGAGUUUGGGAUGACCCAGGGUCACUCAGAGGCCCCUUCUACUGCUUGUGAGAUGAGUACCAUUGACACAUAUGAGGGAUGCUACCCUGGAGCGCUGCCUUCCAGCCAUCGUCUAAGCAGCAAUACAGGCGCAGUGUAUGGAAAUGCAGAUUCACAACUUCCUCAAAGAAUGUUACCCAUCUCCUCUCAGACUCAGUCAUCGGUUAUAAGUAUGUCAGGCACCAUUCAGGGUCAUAGGAGACCCAACACCAGCACCUCUCAGGGCUUAAGUAGGCACAUGCUGUGGACUACACAUGGACACAACGCACAUGUCCGCUCAGGGGAUGACCUGGAAUCAGAUUCUGGUCUCUCACUGGGAUCCAGCCCACCUUUGGCCUCCCCAGACAAUCCUGUUAGUGCACCUGCUUACCAAAACAUAGAUACAGGUACACUUUAUGCAGACUGUGAAUCAGAAAGAGUGAAUGAGCAUGGCAGAAGGGGUCACAGUUACCCAAUGGAUUACCAGAGCCAAACUUUUCCAUAUUUACACUCUGGUGGACAUCCACCUUAUUUUUCACCUCAACCCAGUUUCUCUCACACACAAAAUUGCUCCAUGAAUCCCCGCCCCCUGACACAAACUGGUGUUAUGGCUGACCCAUACAAUUCUACAAUGCCCAGCAGAGGGAGCUCAUAUGGCAUGAACACAAAAUCACAAGGAGGCAGUUCAAAUCCUACUCUUAGCAGAGAUGAGCGCAGAGCUAUGGCUCUGAAGAUUCCCUUCCCAUUGGACAAGAUAAUCAACCUCCCAGUCGAUGACUUCAACGAGCUCCUCACACAGUAUACUUUGACAGAUACUCAACUUGCACUGGUCAGAGACAUUAGACGCAGAGGCAAGAACAAGGUGGCAGCCCAAAACUGCAGGAAGAGAAAGCUGGAGAGCAUCGUCCAUCUUGAAAGGGAACUGAAUCACCUGCAGGCCCAAAGAGAACACCUGGCGCAAGAGCGGCUGGAGUUCCAACGUAGCUUGGCUUUCAUCAAAUGCCGACUCUCAGACCUCUAUAGAGAAGUUUUCUCUCACUUAAGGGAUGAAGAUGGCCAGCCUUACUCCAUAGAUGAAUAUUCUUUACAGCAAACCCCUGAUGGAAAUAUUUAUUUGGUACCCCACUCAAUGGACAAGAGAGACCAAUGUUAAUUCCUGCCUUUUUUACUUUUUAAAAUCAAGCUGGGCUAACUAGCCAUUUGUGACUUAUUUUUGGUCCACAUUCCUAAUAUGCAACUGUAUACAUCCACUUCCUAAAAAUGAGCAAGACCACACAAUUUAUAAAAUGUAUAAAAGUACUUUAUUAAAAAACGAUGUAAAAAGAAUUAAAAGAUUGCACAGCAGUCUUCAGUGAAGUUAAAACACUUCUGCACUGAACACAUGUCCAGUUAACCUGUU